CAAAGAUGAGUUGCCCUGUGAAACAUUAGUAUAGUUUACACAUGAUUCGCUGGAUUUAUGUGUUCUUUCCCUAUCACCUGCAGAAAGCGCAGCACAAAAAGACAAACUUUUCCAGGUACCUUCCAAUUCAGGCUCAUCGUUCAAUUGAAAGUCAGCUGCAGGUCCUGCCUGGGCCAGAGAUCAGCUACAGCGACUUUCUGGAUGCUAUUGAUCGGCGUGAGGACACUUUCUAUGUUGUAUCAUUCAGACGGGAUCACCUGCUGUUACCUGCCAUCAGCCACAAUAAAACAACUCGACCCAAAAUGUCUCUGGUCAUGCCUGCCAUGGCCAUCAAUGAUUCGGUGUAUAACUCGUCUCAGGGCGGCUAUGAAAUGAUGAUGCAGGUGGACUGUGAGGUGAUGGACACGCGGAUCAUCCCAAUCAAGUCCUCUGUAGUCCCGCCCUCUCUCAGAGACCCGCCCCCCACUCCGCCCCCCCACCAUCAGCAUGCUAACCACACCUCGCUGCGCAGCCGUCAGCAUCACUUGCACGGCAGCGGGGCGUCGCCGAGGCGGAGGACCGCGGGUUACUUCAUCAGUCAGAGCGGAUCUGAUUGAGAGUCUGAGAGCAGGAACAAAGGACUCUCCAGCAGUAGUUUAAGUUUCUUUUACUCUCGAAUCAACCCUGGGAACACAGGACAAAUGAUCAGACACGUACAUGAUACGGUGAAAUGACUGAUGGACCGUUGCACUUAUGUGGUUAGCGCUGGGGGCUUCCGCGGGUGGGCUGUGUUUCCUUCCCUCCUGUUAGCAGUAGCCUGUUUGUUCAAACCUUCUGUUCCUGAAUCAUAUGCUCUCUUUUUAUACAUACCUUGUGUUGUUGUUGUUGUUUUUUUAUUGAGAUUAUUUAAAAAAGAAUGUGCUUCUAUUAGAUUAUAUAAAGCAUUAUGAAUCUUGAUUUGAAUGUAAGGAAUGAUGGUGUUUGUAUAUAUCCUUUGCUCUGUCACAGGUGACGGCUGCUCCAGUGUAAAGCUGCUGGUUUGCUGCUCUUUCUCAUCACAGCUUGAUCUUUCUUUUGAUGGCUGGGCUUGUGAAAUGUUAGCGUGUCACAGAAGCUUCUGCCGUUAGCGUUUUCAUUUUCAGGUGUCUUGUCUUGAAUGUUUUGCUGCUUUUGUCCCGAACCACUAACAGGACGAUGAAUUUAUUAGUGAACAGGUUUAGAUUUUGACAAAGCGCUUUACUGGCCGUCCAUCAUCCCGCUCCGUUUGCUGAUAUCUCUCAACCACCUUGUGUUCAACUCGAAGGGAAUAAGGCCCGUGGCCAGAUGUAUAUUUCUGUUGUAGUUUUCCUUCUGUGAAGAUGUUUUAUCUCCUGAUUGAAGAUGAUUUCAUGUUUUCUUGUCACCUGCAAUCUUCAUGGCUUCUUGUCAAAUCCAGCGCAGUCCAUCUGAUGAUGAUGAUGAUGAUGAUGAAGCCUUCCCAUGAUGAACUGCUCUAGCAUGCUUCUGUUAUCUGUGAUGGAGGGAUGUGUAUGUAAAUGUAAACCUGCUUUUUUUUACUUUAUUUAAAGAGCUUUCAUAUGGAAAACACUUUCUCUUCCUGUCUGUAUGAGAGUUUUGAACUACUGUGUUCAUUUGUAGAGGAGAAAAUACAUUUGAUAAAAACUGUGUAGUAAGUGA